AUGUCUUUCUUAAGUUCUUUCACUUAUUUUAUUUUCUCUUUAUACAUUUUUUUGGUCAUUUCUAAAUGUCACUGUGAUGUUAAUGCUAGCCAUAUCACAUCAAAACUAGUGAUUGAUGCUGGUUCUGGAAGGCUUAUUCCGGAUACUUUUUUUGGAGCAUUUUUUGAAGAGAUUAAUCACGCAGGAGCUGGAGGAUUAUGGGCAGAACUUGUGAAUAAUAGAGGUUUUGAAGCAGAAAGUUCCAUUAAUGGGACCUCAAAUAUUUAUCCAUGGACAAUUAUUGGAGAAAAUCAAUCAUCCAUUAUUGUAUCAACAGAACGUUCUUCUUGUUUUGAACGUAACAAAAUUGCAUUACGUAUGGAUGUUCUCUGUCAUAAAAAAUCUUGUCCACAUGGUGGUGUUGGUAUUUCCAAUCCAGUUUCAUUUGUUGGAUCUGAUAAUGGUGUCAAAUUAGCUUCAAAAAAAAUAAGAGCUUCUGGAGUUAAUGUUACAAAGUGGAGUAAGAUGGAAACAAUUCUUGAAGCCAAAAGUACUAAUCAUAAUUCAAAUCUACAAAUAUCAACAACCAAAAAAGGAGUAUUAUGGUUAGAUCAAGUCUCAGCCAUGCCUUUAGAUACAUAUAAGGGUCAUGGUUUUAGAAAUGACCUUUUUCAAAUGGUGGCAGAUUUAAAGCCAAAAACUUUUAGAUUCCCAGGUGGUUGUUAUGUUGAGGGAAAUUAUCUAAAAAAUGCAUUUAGGUGGAAAGAUACAGUUGGAGCAUGGGAAGAGAGACCUGGCCACUAUAAUGAUAUGUGGAAGUAUUGGACCGAUGAUGGAUUUGGUUAUUUUGAAGGACUUCAAUUAUCAGAGGAUCUUGGUGCAUAUCCAAUAUGGGUGUUUAAUAAUGGUAUUAGUCACCAUGAUGAAAUUAAUACGUCUGAAAUUUCACCAUUUGUACAAGAAGCUCUAGAUGGUAUUGAGUUUGCUAGAGGUUCUACUCAAUCAAAAUGGGGUUCUCUUAGAGCUUCCAUGGGACAUCCAAAGCCAUUUGAUUUGAGAUAUGUUGGAGUUGGAAAUGAAGAUUGUGGUAAAUAUAACUAUCUAGGAAAUUAUCUCCAGUUCUAUAAAGCUAUAAAAUAUAGAUAUCCUGAUAUUCAGAUCAUCUCAAAUUGUGACGGUUCUCAAUAUCCAUUAAAUCAUCCCGCCGAUCUUUAUGAUUUUCAUAUUUAUACAAAUUCUAAGGACAUGUUUUCCCAAUAUACCAAGUUCGAUAAAGCACCACGAUCUGGUCCAAAGGCAUAUGUUAGUGAGUAUGCUGUUUGGAGGGAAGAUGCAGGUAAUGGAAGCCUUUAUGCAGCUUUGGCUGAAGCUGCAUUUCUUAUUGGACUCGAAAAAAAUAGUGAUGUUGUCAGCAUGGUUGCCUAUGCACCCCUCUUUGUAAACACAAAUGACAAAUAUUGGAUUCCUGAUGCAAUUGUAUUCAACUCUUAUCAAAAUUAUGGAACUCCAAGUUAUUGGCUCCAACAAUUUUUUAUUGAUUCUAAUGGAGCAACCUUUCUUAAUUCAACUCUCCACAACUCUUCUAGCUCAAUUGUUGCCUCAGCAAUUCAGUAUAAAAAUUCUCAAGAUGGGAAGAAUUAUCUAAAAGUCAAGGUAGUAAAUUUUGGAAACUCGACUGAGUAUUUAGAGAUUUUAAUAAAUAAUUUAAAAUCAAAUGUGCAACAAUCUGGUUCAUCAAAAGUGAUGCUUACAUCCUCGAAUAAAAUGGAUGAAAAUUCUUUCUCCGAACCAACAAAGAUUGUGCCCAAAAGAACUUCACUUGAAAAUGCAAGAAAUGACAUGAAUGUUGAACUUGCUCCCUAUUCAGUUACAUCAUUUGAUUUAUUAAUUUAA